AUGGGCAAACUUUACUUAAAAGCAAGAGCUGAAUUGAAUAACGUCACCGACCUUCAACCAGUUGACACUACAUCUGAUCCAUUUGAAUACACUUUUAAGAUUCAAUGCAUUUCCUGUAGAGAAGUUCAUGAUAAACCAAUUACGGUUAAUAGGUUUGACCAUCAGGGUAUUACUGGGUCGAGAGGGGAAGCCAGCUUCGUGUUUAGGUGCCGCCAGUGCAAAAAUGAGCACUCUGCUUCUAUCCUGAGAACUAAAGAGAAAAUUACUACUGAAUUGUCUGAUAAACUAGUCCCUAUUCUAGAAAUUGAUGCAAGAGGUCUUGAUUUUGUUGAAUUCUUUCCAUACGGCCGUUUCGAAUGCUCAGCAACUGAGUCUACCUCUAAGUUCGAUGAGGUCGACUUGAGUGAAGGUGAGUGGUAUGAAUACGAUGAUAAGGCAGGAACUGAGGUUAGUGUAGAGAACGUUCACUGGGCCAUCUCCCGUUAA